AUGGUGGAGCCCAUUGCUGCUGUCCUGGGAGCUGCAGCCAUCAUCCUCAUGGAACCGCUCCUGCCCUACGCCCUAGCAUUUGCAGCUGGGGCCAUGAUCUACGUUGUUGUUGACGACAUAAUUCCCGAAGCGCAACGGAGCGGUAAUGGCAAGCUGGCCUCUAUCGCCUGCAUAAUAGGCUUCUUAGUGAUGAUGUGUAUGGAUGUCGGGUUGGACGAUUCAUAA